AGAUGUAUCAAAAAGUCGCGGACAUCUCAGGUAGGAUUGUGAAAUCGGAGAGAGUCUGAAAAUUGCAGUGCGAAUCGGGAAUCUCUAGGUUUUGUAGAAAAUGGGUGGCGGAGGUAUAACAUACAAGGGAGUCACUGUUCACACUCCCAAGACGUGGCACACCGUCGCCGGAAAGGGCUUGUGCGGCGUUAUGUGGUUUUGGAUUCUGUACAGGGCAAAGCAAGAUGGUCCUGUAGUCAUGGGAUGGAGGCACCCUUGGGAUGGCCACGGUGAUCAUGGUCACGGAGAUCAUCACUAGGGAUCUCGUCGAACCUUCGAAGAUCAUGGCGAAAAAAUGUACGUCCUUUUUUUUUCAGCUUCAAUAUGUCGAAAUAAAGAUAACUGUGAAAGAAGACAUCAAUUGUUUUUGUACACAGCUUUUGUAAGACUUGCUGCUUUUGUCUUAAGUUGCUACUUGGAUUACACUUCACUUUCCUGAUGUUUUUUACGUCUACAAAUGAAUUUAAACAGUUAUGGUUCCUUUAA